AUGAUUCCUAGGACAAUUGAAGAUUUAGAUUUUUGCAACCAUCUUUUAAACAAGUUUGACCCGGAACUUGACCAAAAACAUCCUGGUUUUAGUGAUUUGGUGUAUAGAAAAAGAAGACAACAAAUCGCGGAAAAAGCAUAUGGCUAUAAAAGUGGAAUGUCGAUACCGUAUAUUGAUUAUCAAGAAGAUGAAACACUUACCUGGAGGAAUGUAUACAAUAGCCUGAAAUUGUUGUAUAAGAGCUACGCAUGUCAGCAAUACAUCGAUGCAUUCAAUGAACUUGAAAAAUGCAAAUUGUAUACCGAUAAAUCAAUUCCACAACUUGAAAAUGUGUCGAACUUUUUGAAAAGAAAAACAGGAUUUCAGCUAAGACCAGUUGCUGGUCUGUUGUCUGCAAGAGAUUUUUUGGCAAGUUUGGCUUUCCGUGUUUUUCAGUGUACACAAUACAUAAGACACGCUUCAAAGCCUGACCACACCGUUGAGCCAGAUUGUGUUCAUGAAUUACUUGGUCACGUUCCUAUGCUGGCAAAUCCAGAAUUUGCCGAAUUUUCUCAAGAAAUUGGUCUGGCGUCAUUGGGUGCCAGUGAUGAAAACAUAGAAAAACUAUCUACCGUCUACUGGUUCACUGUAGAAUUCGGUUUGUGUAAGCAAGAGGGUCAACUGAAAGCGUAUGGGGCGGGCUUGUUAUCGGCUUACGGAGAACUGAAAUACUCGCUUUCAGACAAUGCAACUAAAUUGAUUUUCGAUCCUGAAAUUGCUUCAGUGCAAAAGUACGAUGAUCAAAACUAUCAGUCAGUUUAUUUUGUCGCAGAGUCAUUUGAAGAUAUGAAGAAACAAGUCAAAAAAUUUGCUUUAACGUUGAAUCAAAACCUGAACGUUUGUUAUGAUCCUUACACUCAGACAGUAAGUAUGAUAGAUGAUCAGUUUGCUGCAGGAAAAUUGAUGAAAGAUGUAAAAGAGAAAGUUUAUUUAUUAUCGCAAGUUAUGUCUAAGUUGAAAAUUGACCUUUAA